AUGGCUCCGCAGGCGACUCUCGUGACGAAGCUCAAGGUGCAGCUCAAGCUCGCCAUCGCCCGUCUGCGAAUGGUCCAGCAGCGCGAUGAGCAGCUCGGGAAAACACAUCGGAGGGCCAUGGCCCAGCUCCUCGAGGCGGGCAAGAUCGAUUCGGCGACGAUCCGGGUGGAGAACAUCAUCCGCUCCGACAUCACGAGCGAGCUGCACGAGCUGCUCGAGCUCUACUGCGAGCUGCUUCUCGCCCGCGCGGGCCUGCUGGAGGGGCCCGUGUGCGACCCCGGACUGGAAGAGGCCAUCAAGAGCAUCAUCUACGCGGCGCCCGGCACGGAGAUCAAGGAGCUGGGCACCGUGAGGCUGCUCCUGGCGGACAAGUACGGCAAGGAAUUCGUCCUCGCCGCCAUGGACAACACGGACGGCAAGGUCAGCGAAAAGGUCAUCAAGAAGCUCAGCGUCGAGCCGCCGCGGCAAGAGCUGGUGCAAGGAUACCUGGAAGAGAUUGCCAAGACGUACGGGGUCGACUGGCCGAAGCGCGAGAUGUCGACGCCGCCGCCACCGGACCUCGUCGACGAGGACGACGGCGGCGGCAACAAACCCUCGGGAGGACAGGCGCAGAGGGUGCUGCCGGCGCCAAUCACCACGGCGGCGCAACGGAAGCUUUCGAGGGACGAGGAGGAGCUGAGCAAGGCGACGGCACCUCGGGACCUGCUGGGCGAGCCCAAGAGCCCCUUGACGGUGACGCCUCCGCGCAUGACGACGGACAACGUGCAUCCCAAGGUGACGCUGGGGUCGGUGGAGCUGAAGUCGAUGAAGAACAUGGAUGAUGCGUCGGCGAGGACGAAGAAGGCUGCGCCCGACGGGGCCGUGCCAGACAUCAGCGACCUGGAAAGGCGGUUUGCUGCCCUCAAGAAGAGGUGA